AUGGUUUGCUCACAAACUUGUGCAAUUAACAGUACUUAUGUACCUUCAAAGAUGGAAACGUUUGUUACAAAGGUUCCACAUGAAAUCACUUUAACUGAUGCUGAAUCAAGAAUAUUCAUAAAAAACAUAAAAAGUGGAGUAACUCUGGAACAAUUUAGACAUUCUUUAGAAGAAUAUGGCCCUGUACAAAUCUAUUUAUAUGAGCCAGGAACCCAAAAUGAUGGAUGGGCAUGGGUUGCUUUUGAAAAUAAAGAAGCAGCACUUAAAGUAAUUGAGGAAUCAGAAAAAAUCAACGAAGAAAAUAAUGAAAAUGAAGCAAGCGUACAUAGUAAUGAUGAAGAAAAACAAGAUUCAAAUAGUUUUUAUGCUGAGAAUGAAGAUAACCAACAAAACGAUGAAGAGGAAGAAGAAAAUGAUGAUUAA